UUCAAAUAGCUUAUUAGGUUGUUGAAAAUUUAAUUUAAUAACAAAUUUAGAUGUACAUAAAUAUUCAUAGUUGUCAAUUAAACAUAUUGCAUCUGUGACAAUUACGAUUCGUAGAAAAAUAUUUAUUAUUUAUACACAAGGCUACUGAAAGUGAAAUUUCAUUUAAUUUAAAUUAACCUCUUUGCUUCAAAUAUAAAUUUUAUUUUAAUUUGAACAGAAAUUGUUAUGAAUAUGAAAAUUGUUAAAGAUAUUUUACGUUUUUUUAACGUUAAUAAUAGUACCCGUACUCUUUCUAUUCUUAGAAACAGUGAUUGUUUUCAUUAUUCUUAUGAAAAAUGUUUAUCAGUGCGAAAUAAUAAUUCUUUGAAUCUACAAUUUCAAAAAUUUAAAUCAGAGAAAUAUUUAUUAUUAGAGAAAGAAAUUCUCUCCAGAAACAUCCAUACAUCGAUAGUUUCUAGAAAAUCUAAAGACCGUGGUGGAAAAGAGAAAAAAAAACCCAAGGCCUCAAAAAUUGAUUUAAAUGUUAUUAGUGAAUUAUUUGAUACCGAGAGUCUUAUAAAUGAUAUGAAUCAAGUUAUUGAAAAUCUCAAAGCUGAUUUUAUUAAAAAUCUUACAUUGCGUUCAACAAGUGGUUCUCUUGAACAGAUUCCUGUCUUGUUAGAUGGGAAAGAAUAUCAACUACAAGAACUUGCACAAAUUGCACGUAAACCAAAAAUUAUAGUGCUGAACAUUGCAUCUUUUCCUACUGCUAUACCUCAUAUCCUGAAGGCUAUCGAAAAGAGUGGACUAAAUCUUAAUCCUCAGCAGGAUGGAACGACAAUAUUCUUACCAAUUCCCAAGGUAACAAAAGAACAUAGAGAAAAUUUAGCCAAAAACGCCAAGGCAAUAUUUAUUAGACACAGAGAUUCAAUUAAAGAUAUUAGAAAUAAAGUGGUAAAAACUUUGAGGAAAAGAAAAGAUGUAAGUGAGGAUACAGUUCGAAGUGUACAAGGACAAGUAGAAGCGAUUCAUGAUAAGUAUAUUAAAGAAGCAGAAAAUAUUUUAAAAACUAAACAAGAUGAAUUACUAGGAUAA